AUGGGCAAUGUUCUCUCAUCCUGCGUCAAAGACGACGCCGCACUCAAGGCGGAUCGAAGCACUGCCUCUUCUGGCAGCAACAUCUCUCCAGGGCCCCGCAAUGCCUCUCCACCAACCAAACCCAGGGCGGGCGCUUCCGUGAAGCCCUCAUCUGCUCCUCUGCCACCACCUAAGGCUGUGCAGCCGGCGGACUUGCAGUCAUCGGCCGUGAAAAGCAUCCAGAUUCCAGAUCGCUACCAUUCGGAACCGCAUUUUGUCAAAAUUAUCCAUGUUGGUGCAGGCGCCGCCGGCCUCUGCACGGCGUAUAAGGCUAAGAAAAUGCUCCGAAACUAUGAGCUGGUUGUUUAUGAGAAGUUGAAUUCCAACAUUGGAGGGACAUGGUUAGAAAACCGUUACCCGGGAUGCGCCUGCGAUGUUCCGUCCCACAUUUACAACUUCUCAUUUGAGCCGAAUCCCAAUUGGUCAUCGUACUACUCGUACAGCGAAGAGAUUCAGGACUACUUCGUCCGUUUCUACGAGAAGUACAAGCUUCAAGAAUUCAUGCGCUUCAAUACUACUGUUCUCAGCGUAACUUGGGAUGACCGCAAAGCGCAAUGGGAGGUCGAGCUCGUUCGGGACGGAAAGAAGUUUACUGACUGGUGUCACGUCCUUAUUAACGGAAGCGGCGUUGUCAACAGAUGGAAGUAUCCCAACAUCCCCGGAAUUGACCGUUACAGGGGAACUCUGACCCACAGUGCUCACUGGGACACAAGUAUCUCAUGGGAGAAUAAACGUGUCGCCGUGAUAGGUUCGGGUGCUAGCGCCGUGCAACUCCUACCGCAGCUCGUCAAAGGAUCACAAUCGCUCGUCUGCUUUGCCCGCAAUCCCACAUGGAUCAUACCGAACAUAUUGAACGGCGAACCGGCGCAUCCAGCAGGCAUGACGCCAGCAGCAGCAGGCAAACACCGCUACGUCGACGAGGAGAAGGCGCUAUUCCGGGCAGAUGCCAACCAGCUCCUCGCGUAUCGCAAGAAGCUCGAGAGCUCCAUCACCGUCCUGUUCCCCGCCUUCAUACGCGGGAGCCCCCUCAACAACAUGUUCAGGCAGCAAAUGCGCGAAGUCGUCGGUGCGCAGCUUGGAGACGACGAACAGCUCCGCAAAGCUUUCUUGCCCGAGUGGUCGCCAGGUUGCCGCCGGAUUACGCCUUCAGACGAUUUCAUACAAUGUUUUAAGCUGCCUCACGUCUCGCUCGAUCGCGACAAUCUGGCCGGCUUCACUGAGCGCGGAUUACGUACUGUGACCGGUCGCGAAUACGAGUUUGACCUCAUCGCGUGCGCCACAGGUUUCGAUAUCCAGUUCGUGCCGCACUUCAAAGUCGUCGGUAGAGGAGGCGCCGUCAUGCAAGAGGAAUGGUCAGAGACUCCAAACCUGUACCUCAGCAUCACGAGCCCCAACUUUCCAAACUACUUUGUCAUUAACGGCCCGCGUGGCAACUGGAACCAAGGCAGCACGCUACCGUCUCACGAAACGCAGAUCGAAUACGCGUUGCAGUGCGUGCAAAAAAUACAAGCAGAGCGCCUACACUCGCUCGAAGUGCGGCAGCACCCGACCACCCAGCUUAACGAGUGGAUCGACGCGUGGCACGCCCAGAAGUCCAUCUGGGCCGAGCCGUGCCGCUCAUGGUACAAGCGCAACACACACGACGGCCGCGUCUACGUCUGGUGCGGCAGUAUGCCGCACUUGCUGAAGUCCCUGAAGCGACCGCGCUGGGAGGACUAUCUCAUUAAGUACUGGGAGGAGGAGGAGGAGUCGGUAGCGGAGGGAGAGGGGAAAGAGAAAGUUAAGCAUGGCAAUAUGUGGGCGUUUCUGGGUAAUGGGACUACGGUGAUUGAGAAGGAGCUUCUGCUUGGUAGGCCGGCAGAUGUCGCGCCGUAUAUCCGGACUGAGGAUAGUCCGUGGGAUAUUGAGUUGCCGCCUGUGAAGGUGGAGACGGCGUUUUAAACCCUUUUGGAGUAGGUCCUCGUGUUUGAGAGCUGGAACAUGUUAAAGAAUUGGAAAAUAAGUUGUCUUUUAUUUUAUCCAUGCAUUCCUAAUGAGAAGUAUCAGG